AGCACUGCUUAGCCGAAAUUCAUCAAAACAAAGCUUCUCCAGCCGCCCGAAAUAUUUCGUCCUUCCUCAAUCUCCAUUUUUUCCGAGUACAUAAACUGUUAAAACUGUUUGCGUUUGUUGAGUUGAAUUAAUUUAAAUAUCAACCAUGUCUCCCGGCACGCUAUGGACAAACAAGAAUAAAAACGGAAAGGAGCCGUCCGAGACCAACACCGAAGAAUCGGGCGACGAAAACACCAACGAGGCGGACGAAACCUCGAGCAUUGGAAGUGCGUCUACCACGGACAACACUUCUUCCCGCAGCGCUACACCAGUUCAGCGGGGCGCCAAACGCAAAGGUCGUUUCAGCAACCGGCGAAAGGCGGCAAAAACAAUCGGGAAGCCCCUUUACAAGUUCACGUGCUACGCCAAGGAAGACCACGGCCAGCCCCUCUUUGGCGUUCAGUUCAACCACCACCUCAAGGACGGACAGCCAGUGGUGUUUGCCUGCGUCGGCGCCAACAGAGUGUCCAUCUACGAGUGUCCUGAAGAGGGUGGCAUCAAACUGCUCCAAUGUUACGCCGACACUGACGCAUAUGAAAAUUAUUACACUUGUGCAUGGACCGUGGAUGAGGACAGUGGCCGACCUCUGCUGGCUGUAGCUGGUUCCCGAGGAAUCAUCAGACUUUUCAGUCCUUCGCAGUCUGUAUGCAUCAAACACUACAUCGGUCAUGGACAUGCAGUCAACGAGCUCAAGUUCCACCCUCAGGACCCAAAUUUGCUCCUCUCAGUGUCCAAGGACCACGCUCUCCGGCUGUGGAACAUCAAGACGGACAUAUGCCUUGCAAUUUUCGGUGGCGUCGAGGGCCACCGAGAUGAAGUUUUGAGUGCGGAUUUUGAUUUGCGGGGCGAUCGCAUCAUGUCCUGUGGAAUGGACCACUCGUUGAAGUUGUGGAGCCUGGACAAGCCGCACAUCAAGGAUGCCAUCAAGGAGUCGUACUCUUUCCGAUCUGGCGCCCGACCGUUUAAUUCGUUGAAGGAGCACUUCCCCGAUUUUUCCACUCGAGAUAUUCACCGCAACUACGUCGACUGUGUCCGCUGGCUUGGAGACUUUGUUCUCUCCAAGUCUUGCGAAAACUGCAUCGUCUGCUGGCAGCCGGGGCGUUUGGGCAAGCCUUUGAAGUUGAACGACUCGGCAGUCACUGUGCUCCACCGCUUCGACUACAAAGAAUGCGAAAUUUGGUUUGUCCGCUUUGCUAUGGACCAACGACAGACAACUCUGGCGUUGGGCAAUCAAGUGGGCCGCACUUAUGUGUGGCAGUUCGACCAAGCGGACGAGCCAGGACAAGCUCGAUGCCACCAGCUGCAGCACCCGAAGUGCACAACUGCCAUUCGGCAAACAAGUUUGAGUCGUGACGGCCAAGUGCUGGUGUGCGUGUGCGACGAUGGCUCUGUUUGGCGCUGGGACAGGUGCAGCGGCAACGCCUCCUAAGAGGACAGCUUCUGUAUCCUCUGCGAGACAGACAGCGUCUGCUGCUUCUUGCCCUUUUUCCCUUCGGGCACCAGUACUAGCAGGGGACGAAAGUUUGCCAAAAUGUUUUCUGUGGAUCAAUCAAGCAUUAAUUAUUUCAUUAGCAUUUGGUAGCAUUUUAAGAAUUAGUUUAGAGUAUUUAUGUUUGUAAUAUAAAUUUUUGAUAAUCAAUAAACAAAAAAAAAUUAUUGUAUUUCA